AUUUGACAUAUCAUUGCUUGUCCAACGUCAACAAGUGAAAAGUGAAAGAGAUGUUGCGAUAUCUCUGAUAUAAAAAGUUUAAACACAAAUAACUUAAUAGGAAUAAGUGUGCAGUGAAGUUCUUUGAAUAUUAUUAAAUUAAAAAUGUCGGGAACGACGUCUUAUAAUAAUGAUAAAGUGGUGAUGGGUGAGGUGGAAUACCCGGCGAACGAUCCAGCGUCUGGGGCGUUUUUCCAACCAGAUUAUAAAAAAAAUGAAGACUUAAAACUAAUGCUUGAUGGGUCAAAAGACUCACUCAAGCUGGAGGCUAUGAAGAGAAUUAUUGGCAUGAUCGCAAAAGGCAGGGAUGCUUCUGACUUGUUUCCAGCGGUGGUGAAGAAUGUGGUAUCAAAGAACAUAGAAGUGAAGAAGCUGGUGUAUGUGUACCUGGUGCGCUAUGCUGAGGAGCAGCAGGACCUGGCGCUGCUCUCCAUCAGCACUUUCCAGAGGGCUCUGAAGGACCCGAACCAGUUGAUCCGUGCGAGUGCUCUCCGCGUGCUGUCAUCUAUUCGAGUGCCUAUGAUAGUACCUAUCGUGAUGCUGGCCAUCCGAGACUCUGCCAGUGACAUGAGCCCUUAUGUGAGAAAGACUGCCGCCCAUGCCAUACCCAAGUUGUACAGCCUCGAUCCAGAGCAGAAAGAGGAGCUGGUAUCGAUAAUAGACAAGUUGUUAUCAGACAAGGCGCCAUUAGUGGUCGGCUCGGCGGCUAUGGCCUUCUCUGAGGUCUGCGGCGAACGGAUGAGCCUCAUACAUAGAAGUUAUAGGAAGCUAUGCUCUCUACUGGCUGAUGUGGACGAGUGGGGACAACUGACCCUGCUCAAUGUGCUCACCGUGUAUGCCAAGACAUGUUUUGCAGAUCCCAAUACUGAGACCUAUUCAAGUGACAGUGAUACAGACAAGCCGUUCUACGAGUCGGAGAGCGAGGGCACCCCUCGCAAGCAGUCGUCGCACUCGCCCAGCCUGGACGCCGACCACCGCCUGCUGCUGCGCGCCGCCAAGCCGCUGCUGCAGAGCAGGAACUCGGGGGUCGUCAUGGCGGUCGCACAGCUGUUCUAUCAUUGUGGACCAGUCCAAGAGUUGCCGCCGGUAGCGAAGGCGAUGGUCCGUCUGCUGCGCGCGCCGCUGGAAGUGCAGAGCGUCGUGCUCAACUCUAUCGCAUCGCUCACUGUUACUAGGCGGGCCCUCUUCGAACCAUUCCUAAAAUCCUUCUUCGUUCGCAACUCCGAUCCGACUCACAUCAAGCUGCUGAAGCUGGAGAUCCUGACCAACUUGGCGACCGAGUCCAGUGCGGGAGUAGUCCUCAGGGAGUUUCAGACUUACGUCACGUCUAGUGAUAAGGCGUUUGCCGGCGCCACUAUACAGGCGAUAGGGAGACUCGCUGUUGCCAUACCUACUGAGACGGAGACAUGUUUGAAUGGACUACUGCAUCUGUUGUCCAGUAAAGAUGAGUGGGUGGUGUGCGAGGCGGUGGUGGUUGUGAAGCGUGUGGUGGGUGGUGGCGCCACCUCCGCCAGGGCCGCCGUGUCCAGGGCCGCUAAGCUGCUGCGAUCUGACAGACUGGGCGGUAGCGCCCGCGCGGCCGCCGUGUGGCUGGUGGCAGAACACGGCGCCCGCCACCCGCGGGCCGCCGCCAUCCUAGCUCAUAUGGCUACCAACUUCGCAGACCAGGACGAGCUAGUGAAACUCCAACUGCUGUCCCUAGCAGUAAAGCUGUCCGUAACCCAGCCGGCUACGCUGGCCAUGUGCCGCUACGUGUGGUCGCUGGCGCGCUACGACCCGAGCUACGACGUGCGCGACCGGGCGCGGCUGCUACGACGCUUCUUGGAACCCAAGGAGGGCGCUCAACUACCGGCUUAUACGGCCAGAGUGUUCCUGCCGGGGAAACCUAAACCACAAGUGCAUAGUAGCUUUAAAGAGCGCGGUUCGUUCACGGUGGGCUCGCUGUCGCAGUACAUCGGCGCGGCGGCGGGCGGCUACCGCGCGCUGCCGCCCAGCCCGCGCACCACGCAGGCCGCGCCGCUGCGGGCCGCGCCCGACUGUCUGCCGCCCGACACCACCCACCAGCGGGACCAACAGAAAAUAAGAUUCUACUCUUCGGCUGAGAGCAGUGGUUCUGGCUCGGGUUCCUCUUCAUCCGAAGCCAGCAGUUCUGAAGAGUCUUCUGAAGAAGAAGAGAGCACAGAAGAAAAGAAAGAAGAGAAGCCUGCGAAGGAAACAAAUAACUACAGAUCAUCAAACUCAGCGAGUUCCGACAGUGAAUCGGACAGCGAGUCCGAUAGCGAGGCGGACAGCGACUCAGAGGUGUCUGCAGACAGCAGCGACGACGAGCCCAGCAAGAAGAAUGAAGUCACACGCGAUAAAAAGCAAUCCAACUCAAACACUCAACCCACGAAGGAAGAACAGAAGAAGAACGAGAAGUCCAACCUCGAGCUCCUUCUGGAGUUGGACGAGGUGGCCAGCUCGUUGCCCACUAUGACGCCCACUUGUGGGGGCUUCCUGUCGCCGCCCAGCAUGCCGCCGCCGGGCUUGGGGGAUGCAGACGGCAUCACGCCAGUGAGCGCGUCGCUGGCGGGCGGCGGCGGCGCCAGCAGCGAGCUGGUCCCGCGCGUGCGCUGGGCGGGGCUGGGCGCGCGCCUGCGCUGGCCGCGAGCGCCGCAUCUGUACUCACACACCAUGUGCGCCAUAGACCUGCUGCUCACCAACCACUCCAGCAACGACGUCACCAACAUCCGGCUGCACAAGAAGACCCUGACUGGCUCCCGUAACAUCCACGAGUUCACUCCAGUGCCCCUGCUGUCUCCAUCAGCCGCGGUCACCGUCACUCUUGGCGUUGACUUCGCAGACACCAUUCAGCCCAUAGAAUUCACCAUGAUAAGCUCUGUCGGUGAGGUGUCAGUAUCGAUAACCCCGCCGGUGGGCGAGCUGGUGCGCGCGGUCACCAUGUCCGAGGCGCGCUGGGACGCCGAGCAGAAGAAACUCAGGGGAAUGACUGAGUGUGAGAAAAAAGCGGUGAAGUUGGAUAGCGAACAAACGAUAUGUCGACACGUGUUCGAGACUGCUAACCUAGCGGCUAUCACCUCCACUGGAGAAUUCCUAAGAUUCGCGGGCAGAACGAUGUCGGCACAAGACCUGGUGCUCUUAUCAGUGAAGACUGAGGAAGAAAGCUGCAGGGUCACCGCCAGCUGCUCCAAUAUGGCGAUAGCUUCGCUCCUAGCCAACGAAGUAGCUCAAUCAUUCACUAAGAUAUAAGAUGACCUUGACUUUGCUCAUACCCUCACUGGAAGGUCAAUCAACUAAAAUGUCCUGCUACGUUUGAGUUCAUAUGUCACAUAAUUGGUUGUUUGAAACUUACUCGACCGAUUACAAUCGGAAUUGGUAGAUUCGACAUUAUGAUCUGGGCCCCAAUUGAUCACAAUUGAAACUAUUCGUUUCUCCUGAAGAUUAUGCCAACACAUUAAUUAAUUUCCAAUUAUUGUGACCUUCAUCGUAUUCCAUUUAUUAUUACUGAAGGCAAAUAAGUCAAACCUUUUAUUCAGGCUUAUGAUUGGUCAAAAGGACAAGAUGUAACGGAAGCUGAUCAGAUUGGGCUAUUUCGAUAUAGGUACUCGAAUUACUUACAUAAUAUAAACGUACCUCUUUAUUUAGUAAGUAAUGAAUAUAACAAUUACUCAUUGAAUUACCCGUUAUUAUUUGUUAUAAAACAGUUUAUUUGCCUAAAAUGCACGCAACUUUUGACUGUAGUAAUUUUUUUUUGAAGUUUCGCAUAAUAACUGCAUCAUGACAAGUCAAAUUAAAUUAAAAAUAAGUCAUAAAAUAUUCGAAUUUGUUAAUUAUAUAAAGUAUAAUAUAGACUUUCAAAGUUUUAACACAAUCAAAAUAUUGUUAAGAACAAAUAUAAAAGCAAAAUUAGGAGAUGCAAAAUUAAAAUUAAUACAUUAGCAAAAUUAAGAAAUUGUCUUCUAUGGGCUGUCUUUAACCAGAGUUUAAAAUAAAUACGACGAUUGUAUACA